AUGUUGCUCCCAAGAUUAAGCGCCAUAGUCUUGGCUGCUGCCGGUGCCGCGAAUGCCUUCAAGGAUGCGAGCCCAUUCCUCCUCUUCUCCAGCGAGUCUCUAUCAGAUGAUCUUGCCAGAAGCCAGCAACUCGCACGAGUAGCCGACGUUGAGCGAUCCGCAUACGAAUACAUCUCGAGUUGCAAAUGGGACCACCACAUCAUACAGACACGACCAGGUUUGAAGGCGGCAGAUUAUCAGGAGCUACCUCUGUUGCGAAGACGAUUGGCAGUUCUACAGAGCACACAUCGAUAUGAGGUCUCGGAGACAAUCGGAGGAGAUCUGGCCAGUCUCGCCGAGCGAGCAGCGGAGAAGUGCGCUGGAAAGCCGGGAGAAGGCGUUCAAUACCAGCCAGCCGCGGAGGCGCUAUCCACGGCGGCGACAAGGAGGAGAAGACAGCUAGAGGCGACAGACUUAAGCAUAGACAGCCUUCUCUCCGCGAUCGAGGCCAAGGGAGAAUCAUACAUCGUCAUGCUGGCUGGCGUGCCAGAGGCACAAAGUAAUGUCGAAGAUAGGCAACAUCCUCCUUACGAGAUGGACGAGCCUUACCCAACUGGGCUGCACACAGAUCUUAAGCGCGAUCUCACCACCAAUGCCAACGACUCGAGCAAUGCGCAGGCCAGUCUGCCCCUGUUCGAGAAGUACAAGUUCUUGUCGCCCGCCAUCUUCAUGGGCCUCGUGGUCACAAUCCUCCUUGGCUCCAUCCUCUACGUCGGCAUUACCGCCAUCGCCGGGCUGGAAGUAUCAUACUUUGCCUUUAGCAAGGAGAUGGGCAGCCAAGGUCAGGCGCAGCGUAACAAGCAGCAGUGA